CAACUCGAUGCUAUAUCGUUCGAACAGCGAAGUGCACUUUCAGAUCUGAAAGUUGCCAUGGACAGCGAGUGCAGUCGGUCUAUUCGCCUUUCCAGAGAACGGUUGCGUAUUUCAAGAGCUCUUGCGCAGGAGGAGCAAAAGAUAGCGGCGCUGCGAGAUUAUCUAAAGUUUCGCACUGUAACGGACGAGCUCACCUGUCUGCUCAGUGCUCAAACUAAGCUUGAUAAGAACAGAAAUCAAGUGUGUCCCUUCCCGGCGCCGCCAACACCAACAACUCGCUUGAGGCAGUUGUGCUGCAAAUUUGUUGCAUUGGAUCUUCAUUUGCGGGAUUGCGUGUGUGGUGCGCACUUGCAGAGCGUUAAGCAUUUUCACAAGCGACUGAUGCUCGAGAUGGAAGACUACAUAAGAAAGUUGAAGGUAAUCCUCGAGAUACCAGAUCCUUUUACAGUUGCUGUGGAGGUACAGCAAUGCCUCGACGCCCUGAACAGAAGAAUUCGAGGUGCUAGUCAGGCGGCGGCCCGCUGCUUGACUUCAGUUCAUGAAAACAUGGCAAGUGUUAUGCUUCAAGAGCUUAGAAAUGUUCGAAUUGGUCUUCUCCGGGCUGAAGAACUGGAAGAGGAAGAAAUCGGAAGACGUAUUAAAGUUCUACAAGAGCAGGAACGGCAAAUUUUGGAAGAAGACGAAGAGCGGCGACGCUCCUUCAACAGUACUUUCCCACUUGAGGACCUGGAAUUAGAAACCGAGAUUCAAGAGACACAAGACAAGCUGGCUGUGGAACGAAUCAGGCUGCAGUUUAUUGAAGACGAGCGGGAUGCCCUUAUCUCCCAACUAUCGGAGAAAAAGUCCUUGGCGCGUGUAGAGCAGAUGAACGAAAGGGUACUUCAAUUAAGAGAGUGCCGAGAAGCCGAGUAUUCGAAGUCCCGAGAAACGCGAAAGGCUCUUAUAUCGAAGAGAGUUUCUCUUGCAAAUGAAGCACGCGAAAAAACCACAAUGUGGCUUGAACGGCAGUUCAACGCUUGCCGAGACGUAUCAAAAAGACAACACUUGGAAAUGCACCGGCUCCUAUGCCAGAUCACUGACCAGCUGUUUUCAACUCUAGUUGGGCCAGUGGGAAAAUUCGAAUCCGACGCGUCUAUAGGUGAUGAAAUUACAGCCACUACCGACUCCAUAAUGCACGAAGAUGCAUAUGCUAGUAUUCUUUUCACUAUUUCACCGCUGAUGGCCCCACCCUCAGUACCCCUCAACGAAAGGCGAGACCUUCUGAAGAGCAGUUUCACCCAGUGGGAAGAAGCAGUCCAAGCAACCAGCCAUGCUCGAGCAGUGUACCUAAGAGUUUCCUUGCAGCAAGCACGUUCAAGGAGGCAGAGACUAGAUUCAGCUAAUGAACUCGUCCGCAACAAUCUCCUAAAAGCGAGGGUAAAUGAGUUGACUGCCAUUGUGCUGGGCAAAGGAGCAGCAGAUAAUUCGUUCACCUUAUCAACUAUGGGGCAGUCUGGGUUAGUCCAACUCUUUCCGGCGAACCCUGAUGCUUGCCAGACCGUUACGAAGCCUCUAGCAAUGCUUGGCAUAGGCAUUUUUGCAUCAGUGUAA